AUGGAAGAUUUUCAACUCUGCAAAAACGAUAAAGGCAUGGAGUUCGUGCAGUUUACUGAAGGUCCAACGAAGACCAGACAGGGCGGACUGCAGAGCAAGAAGAGAGAUUUUCAGCCACGUAUGUUCUCUGUUGGAGGAGAAAGGUUUCCGGUUGCUCUCUUCAAGCAGCGAGCGAAGACCACAAAACAUGCGAUGGUAUGGUCCUUUCUACUUCAGUAUCAAAAGAAACCGAGGAUUGAAUGACAACCUCUGGUUCAAAACUCAACCAAUGGGCGAAAACGGUACUAUUAGCAAUAUGAUGAAAACGAUUGUGGCGGGUACUAGCCUUGAAGAAAGUCACAAAAAGUUCACGAAUCACAGUGCAAGAAAGACAACAAUCAGCAAGUUGAAGAAAGUAAACGUUGAACGCUCAGAUAUUGUCAAAGUCACAGGCCACAGAAGCGUACAAUCCCUUGACGAUUACGAUGAAGCCGACCAGGAAGAGCAACGCUGAAAAAAAAGCGAAUGGCAGUUUGCGGCAUCACAACAACUGUGGCUCCACUCGCGCCGGUAUCCAUGAAUGCGCCCGUACCACACACAUUGGCCGGCCCAUCGAUGACAGCGUCUAAAGAAAACCAAUUCCAUUUUCAGUUUUUCAAACUCAGAAUUUCUCCGUGAAUCCAACCAUGAUGAGGUCUCAGGAACAGACCAUGAUGAACACGUUCAUCAGCUGUUAAGUGUCUCCCAUCAUUGGCCGAUCGAAGCGAGCUCUUGAGCUUUCAAAACUGCAGCCCAGUUCUUGUAAACGCCGAGCUUUCAUUAUCAAGGAUGAUUCGGAUUUUUUGCUGAUUAUUGUAAAGGAGUUUUCUUUAAACGCUUGAAAGGUGUAAUAUAUAGAUUUAGCCAGGCCUAAAAGCGAGGCUCCCAUUAAUAAAUUUAUAAUUUAAAUCAAACAAUAAACUUGUAUUCCACAAUUCUGUUAACUACAGAGCACAUUCAUGUGACUUUUGGGCGAAAGGCUAAGUUAUUUUAGAGAAAAAUAAUUUGCAGACAGCCCAAGAGUGAACCAAAUCUUACAUCGAGUUGUAGCGUCAUAUGUACACCCCAAAAAUAGCAAUCAUCUUAACAUUUAAGAGCCAUAAUGGCUCUUGAUUCCCGUUGAUUAACUCAUUCAGACUGGGAGGGGCUUUUCGAACCCCCCCUCCGGCAAAAUCGUGAUAACUCCUACACCGAAAGAGCAAUGCCGUUCAAAUUUUCUGACUUUUCCUAAAAUUUAUCUAGGAACAUUUUAAUAUAAUUACCAUGUCCAUGUGAUUAAUCAUGUUGCCAUGGCAACAAGUUUCUGACACAUAGGUUUUGGAAAAUUUAAAAAAUGGUGAUUUUUUUUGUUUUUAGAUCGCGUUUUUACACUUAUAGUGCUUUUUGUUGUUAAAAUGGUCUUUGCUUGGGACUAAUUUUUGAAUUACAUCAAAAUGUUUCAACAUCGAAUAUUUGGGGGGGAGGGGUGGGGUAAAAUUUGUCACUUUUUUGCUUUGACAAAUAUGCUGCUCUAUUAAAACAAGUUUUACGGGGGAAAGCUCGAAAGCUUCGCCAAUCCGGUAUAGGCAAACGUUCAAAUAAAGCCAGAAGUUUAACUGAAGAAGAAAAAGAGGUGCUGUGGGAGGCAGACAAAUUUGGUUCAAAACUCCAGAAGCGCUUAUUCCUUCUAAGUGGUGGCUUUUGACGCAGUUCUUUGGUCACUGCGGCCGUCAAGAACACCACGCAAUGAAAAUGGAAGAUUUUCAACUCUGCAAAAACGAUAAAGGCAUGGAGUUCGUGCAGUUUACUGAAGGUCCAACGAAGACCAGACAGGGCGGACUGCAGAGCAAGAAGAGAGAUUUUCGCCACGUAUGUUCUCUGUUGGAGGAGAAAGGUUUCCGGUUGCUCUCUUCAAGCAGCGAGCGAAGACCACAAAACAUGCGAUGGUAUGGUCCUUUCUACCUCAGUAUCAAAAGAAACCGAAGAUUGAAUGACAACCUCUGGUUCAAAACUCAACCAAUGGGCGAAAACGGUACUAUUAGCAACAUGAUGAAAACGAUUGUGGCGGGUAAUUGAAGAAAGUCACAGAAAGUUCACAAAUCACAGUACAAGAAAGAGAACAAUCAGCAAGUUGAAGGAAGCAAACGUUGAACGCUCAGAUAUUGUCAAAGUCACAGGCCACAAAAGCGUACAAUUCCUUGCCGAUUACGAUGAAGCUGACCAGGAAGAGCAACGCUGAAAAAAAAGCGAAUGGCAGUUUGCGGCAUCACAACAACUGUGGCUCCACUCGCGCCGGUAAACAUGAAUGCGCCCGUACCACACACAUUGGCCGGCCCAUCGAUGACAGCGUCUAAAGAAAACCAAUUCCAUUUUCAGGUUUUAAAACUCAGAAUUUCUCCGUGAAUCCAACCAUGAUGAGGUCUCAGGAACAGACCAUGAUGAACACGUUCACCAGCUGUUAAGUGUCUCCCAUCAUUGGCCGAUCGAAGCGAGCUCUUGAGCUUUCAAAACUGCAGCCCAGUUCUUGUAAACGCCGAGCUUUCAUUAUCGAGGAUGAUUCGGAUUUUUUGCUGAUUAUUGUAAAGGAGUUUUCUUCAAACGCUUGAAAGGUGUAAUAUAUAGAUUUAGCCAGGCCUAAAAUCGAGGCUCCCAUUAAUAAAUUUAUUAUUUAAAUCAAACAAUAAACUUGUAUUCCACAAUUCGGUUAACUAUAGAGCACAUUCAUGUGACUUUUGGGCGAAAGGCCAAGUUAUUUUAGAGAAAAAUAAUUUGCAGACAGCCCAAGAGUGAACCAAAUCUUACAUCGAGUUGUUAGCGUCAUAUGUACACCCCAAAAAUAGCAACCAUCUUAACAUUUAAGAGCCAUAAUGCCUCUUGAUUCCCGUUGAUUAAUUAGACCUAGAGAAAAAAUCAGGCCGAUUUUUUUGCGUUCGACAAGUUUACUUUACAAAAUCGUGCCAACAAAUCUGGGUGCGUGUAAACCAAUCUUUUAUACCAUUUAUACAUCACAUCUGAGGUGAGACAGUACUAUGAGGUCUAUGAGGCACUGUUUUUAUCAUGCAGACAGAAUGCAGUAUUUCACAAUUUUGCAAUACAAAUUGCAUUCAUUUAGUAUUCGCGACGAUCGAAGCACGCGUGGGCUUUUAGCUAAAAAGUUAAAAAAAAAAUCCAAAACCACCUAUACGACCAGGCGUUUGUCACUUUUGCAGUGCAAGCUGUGGUAGAGUGCUUGAAAAAACAUUAAUAAAGUUACGCUCCAACAUAAUAAAGAAUUUGUUAUGUAUUUGUUAAUGGUUUUAUCAAUGUGUAAUCUUCAAAACGCGGCAUUUUGAGCACUCCUCAAGCGACUUUCACUGAACGACUGAAAACAAACGGCACAGCGAUUAAAAUUACAAGAGGGGCUACUAACAAUCAAUAGAAUGAAUAUAAUUCGGUGAAACAUAUACAGAGACAACAAUUUUCAUUCACGAAGACAAGUAUUAAAGUGUCUCUAAAAAUCUAAUCCUAUUAAGCCUUGCUUCAUUCUAACUUUUAGUUAAAUGCAGGAAAGUUAUAAGAAAUGCUGUAGCUUAUGAUUAAUAAAGUCACACAACAUGGUUUAAGACCGCUUAAUUUGAUCUCUCUGGUAUCUUUUGUUCUUCUAUUGUCUACGAAAUAAUCUAGAUUUUCACCAAUUUCCACCUACAAGUAAUAGGAGACAUCUGAUCGACAGAAAAAUCUGCUUUGACUCUCGACAUGUUUCAAUAGGCAUGUUUCCGUAAUAAGUAGUAGUAGUAGUAGUAGUAGUAGUAGUAGUAGUAGUAGUAGUAGUAGUAGUAGUAGUAGUAGUAGUAGUAGUAGUAGUAGUAGUAGUAGUAGUAGUAGUAGUAGUAGUAGUAGUAGUAGUAGUAGUAGUAGUAGUAGUAGUAGUAGUAGUAGUAGUAGUAGUAGUAGUAGUAAUAAUAAUAAUAGUAGUGGUAGAGAGAUAUAACGCUUUCUUUUGAUGGUUAGUUUUCUGUUUGUAUAUAUAGUCCUAAAAUUUCAAAUCUUUCUAUGCCUUUUUUUUAUUAGAAUCAUCUCGGUGAAAGUAAUCUUGUUCAUAGAGACCUUGCAGCUCGUAACAUCCUUGUUGGCUAUAACAGUCGGGUGAAAGUGUCUGACUUUGGGUUGAUGCGACAAAUCUAUGAAGACGUGAACAGCUCAGAGAAUUCCAAUAAACUUCCUGUGAAAUGGAUGGCCCCAGAAUCACUAUAUCAAGGCAUUUUCACCAUCAAGAGUGAUGUGUGA